UCCCCGAGGCCCCGCCCCCCCGCGGCCGGCCGCUCUGGGGGCGCGAGCCCCGGGACCAGGGGCGACCCGGCCUGACCUCGACCUCGGCCGCGGGCCCGACCGGCGAGUCCCACCGGGCCGGCGCAGGCCCGGGCCCGCGAGCCCCUCCCUCCACCUGUCCCCGCCCGGGCGCCCGGCGCGGGCUGUGCUCGCUCGCAGACGGCGGGGCCCGCAGGCGGCCAUGGCGGCGGGCGCCGGGGCCAGGCCGGCGCCGCGCUGGCUGAAGGCGCUGGCCGAGCCGCUGAAAGCGGCGCAGCUGCGGCGGCUGGAGGAACACCGCUACAGCUCCGCGGGCGUCUCGUUGCUUGAGCCGCCGCUGCAGCUCUACUGGACCUGGCUGCUCCAGUGGAUCCCGCUGUGGAUGGCCCCCAACUCCAUCACCCUCCUGGGCCUCGCCAUCAACCUGCUCACCACGCUCCUGCUCAUCUCUUACUGCCCCACGGUCACCGAGGAGGCACCGUACUGGACAUACCUUUUAUGUGCAUUAGGACUCUUCAUCUACCAGUCACUGGAUGCUAUUGAUGGGAAACAAGCCAGAAGAACAAAUUCUUGUUCUCCUUUAGGGGAACUUUUUGACCAUGGUUGUGACUCUCUUUCCACAGUUUUUAUGGCAGUUGGAGCUUCAAUUGCUGUUCGCUUAGGAACUCAUCCUGACUGGUUGUUUUUCUGCUCUUUUAUUGGGAUGUUCAUGUUUUAUUGUGCUCACUGGCAGACUUAUGUUUCAGGCGUGUUGAGGUUUGGAAAAGUGGAUGUAACUGAAAUUCAGGUAGCUUUAGUGAUCGUCUUUGUGUUGUCUACAUUUGGAGGAGCAACAAUGUGGGACUAUACGAUACCCGUCCUAGAAAUAAAAUUGAAGAUCUUACCAGUUCUCGGAGUAGUAGGUGGAGCAAUAUUUUCCUGUUCAAAUUAUUUCCAUGUUAUCCUCCAUGGUGGUGUUGGCAAGAAUGGAUCCACUAUAGCAGGUACCAGUGUCUUGUCACCUGGACUCCACAUAGGAAUAAUUAUUAUACUGGCAAUAAUGAUCUACAAAAAGUCAGCAACUAAUCUGUUUGAAAAGCAUCCUUGUCUUUAUACCCUAAUGUUUGGAUGUGUCUUUGCUAAAAUCUCACAGAAAUUGGUGAUAGCUCACAUGACCAAAAGUGAACUGUAUCUUCAAGACACUGUCUUUCUUGGCCCAGGUCUUUUAUUUUUAGACCAGUACUUUAAUAAUUUUGUAGACGAAUAUGUUGUUCUAUGGAUAGCAAUGGUCAUUUCUUCAUUUGAUAUGAUGGGGUACUUUAGUGCUUUGUGCCUGCAAAUUUCAAGACACCUUCAUCUAAGUAUCUUCAAGACUUCAUGUCAUCAAGCACCUGAACAGGUUCAAGUUCUUCCUUCAAAGAGUCAUCAGAAUAACAUGGAUUGAAGAGACUUUCGAACACUUGCCAUCUCUUGCUGCUGCUGUCACAUGAAAGGAGAUAUUAAACAUUUGUUUAAUUUUUAGAUAAGUGUUAUACAUAUUUCAGCAAAUAAAAUAUUUCAAUGCUUACAAUAA